AUGGCUCCAAAUCAAACACCACUUCCCCUCAAAACCUCCACCUUCUCUCGAAACCAAAACCAUGCUAUUAAACAUCUCAUCUUCUCCAAUCUCUCAUCAGCCUUCCCUCUUGGUGGCUUCGUUGGUUUCCCCGACAACGAUCCCGACAGCGAGAUUCCGACAAACGAUGCUAACCUGCUCAAAAACAGACCGGUUUUAGAUAGAUCGAUUGUUGUCUCAGCUGGAAUCAUCGCUAACGUUGUCUUUGCUUAUGUUAUAAUCUUUGUACAAGUGUUAUCAGUUGGUUUGCCUGUUCAAGAAGCGUUCCCUGGUGUUCUUGUCCCCGAAGUUAAGACCUUUUCCGCUGCUUCUCGCGAUGGGUUGCUUCCUGGUGACGUUAUCCUCUCUGUGGAUGGUGCUGAGUUGUCGAAAACAGGACCUGACGCUGUCUCUAAGGUUGUUGACGUUGUUAAGAGAAGUCCGGAGAGUGAUGUGUUGUUUAGAGUCGAGAGAGGGAAUCAAGAUUUGGUUGUUCGAGUUAGGCCGGAUAAGAACUUUGAUGGGGCGGGGAAGAUCGGUGUUCAGUUAUCUCCGAACGUUAGAAUCACUAAGGUGAGGCCGAGGAAUGUUUCUGAGACGUUUAGGUUCGCGGGGAAGGAGUUUAUGGGGUUGUCUUCUAAUGUAGUUGACGGUCUGAAACAGACGUUCUUGAACUUCUCUCAGACAGCGAGUAAAGUGGCAGGUCCUGUGGCGAUCAUUGCGGUGGGAGCAGAAGUGGCGAGAUCGAAUACUGACGGGCUUUACCAAUUCGCGGCGUUGCUGAAUAUCAACCUGGCGGUGAUCAAUCUGUUGCCGUUGCCUGCUCUUGACGGUGGAACUUUGGCGUUGAUAUUGUUGGAAGCGGUUAGAGGAGGGAGGAAGCUACCUGUGGAGGUGGAACAGGGGAUCAUGUCUUCAGGGAUUAUGCUUGUGAUAUUCCUUGGAUUGUUUCUUAUUGUCAAGGACACACUUAGCCUUGAUUUUAUUCGAGAAAUGUUGUAGUUGUUAUUAUCUCUUUUGUCAAAAUGAAAAGUGUUUUGAGUAAUGUGAUACUGAAUGUGGAAAUGAUUUGUGAUUCGGUGAAUAAGUCAUAAGGGUAGGUUUUGAGCUCAUGACUCUACAGCCAUGUAGAUGGUGAUGCUCUCUCAAUACAAG